AUGGAGGGUUGUGGUUUGGGCUGCAAUAAGCUGUGUGAGGGGAAAACGGGAGCCCAAGGAUACCGUCUGUAUACAAUUACAAACCAAUAUUUAACAUACAGAGAGACCAUACCGAAUACUGAGAACAGGGCUGAUUUCUCAAUCUCAAAAAUAGGUCCUCAGGACGCAGGGCAAUAUAACUGUCAAUACUGGACCCAUGAUGGAUUGUCACAGUACAGUGAUACCCUGGAACUGGUGGUGACAGGGGCCUACAGUAAACCCAGCCUGUCAGCCCAUCCCAGCCCUGUGGUGACUGAAGGAGGGAAUGUCACUCUACAGUGUGUCUCAAGGCAACAAAGUUGCAAGUUCUUUCUGAUUAACGAAGGACCACAGAAGGUCUUCUGGACACGGCAAUCAAAGUACAACUACUCUACUCGGCGGUACCAGGCCCAACUCCGUGUGGAUGCUCUGACCUCGAGCCAAAGGUGGACAUUCAGAUGCUACAGCUUUGAGAGUAACAGACCACAGGUGUGGUCAGAACCUAGUGACCCCCUGGAGCUCCUGGUCUCAGGGACCCUCCACAAACCCACCAUCAAGGCUGAGCCAGGCCCUGUGAUUGCUUUAGAAAGUGCAGUGACCAUCUGGUGUCAGGGGACCCUGGAUGCAGAAAUGUAUGUUCUUCAUAAAGAAGGAAGCCAAAAGCCAUGGGGCACACAGUCCCCAGAGGAGCCUGGCAAAAGGGCCAAGUUCUCCAUCCCUUAUGUGACACAGCAACAUGGGGGGCAAUAUCGCUGUUACUGUUACAGCUCGGCUGGCUGGACAGAGCGCAGUGACACCCUGGAGAUUGUGGUGACAG